UGCCGAUAGUCCAUUGAAACCCUCCAGCAUCUUUUGCUGGUGGUUUGUAUGUCGAGAAACGAUUUAUCUUUUGACAAAGGAGUUGCAGAGGAUCCUUUUUUAUCCUACGAAGCCUCUGUGAAGUCGCGUUCCAACGUUUCACCAAAAACACGUGAAUCCUAUGCCCAAAAUGCAAAACACCAACAUGCUUUACCUUCCAUGAAAGCUGGAACGGACUUGGAUUCUAGGGACAAUUACGCCAACAUGCAGGACGGUAAUUGGAGUGGAUUUUCUUCAUUGGAUACCAAUAGCAGGUCUCUGGAUCCGUUUGGACUCGAUCGACCGGAAUUGAAUCACCCGUCCAUGCGCAAUGCAAUUGGAACUUUGGCGGAAACGUCUCUUGAACGAGCUUCUCCGUCUGACAACUCGACGGUCUUACGCGAGUUGGACGAACUCAAGUUCAGAUUGAGCAACAUUGAACUUCAUUUGAGUCAUACUUCACCAACUCUUUCUACUACUUCACAACCUUACAGUCCUUAUGGACAUUUGGGUAGUACUUCAUCGUAUGCGAAUAAUACAUCGUAUUCCCCUGCUCCCUUAAAUACCAUGCAAACCGCAUUGUCCCGCCUACAAACAUAUCAUCCCUCCCCGGUUGUUCUAGAGCCUGUACAACAGGCUGUCCAGCAUGCCAUCACACUUACUCAAACAUCUCCGUCGGCAGUUGUGGACGGUCUGUGUCGUAGCUUGGCUGAAUUGUGUCUUGGUUUGGUCCAGCAAGCCAUUGAUGCCUCUUUAUCGAAUCAACAAGCGGGCCAAACUUCCAUGGACUUGAUACCUCAUUCCACUCCUCUUGAUUUAGCAACUUCUACAAAUUCUUCCCCAUCUCGGUCUGCUAGUUCCUUUGCCUACAAUUCACCAGAUCGUUCUUUAUUCCGUCCACCUCCUUCUACGCAAAGUUUCAGUUCUUAUUCCAAAAAUUCACCACCUCCUCCUUCUCGUCUUUCUUCCCGGCAUUCAGUGUUUUCUGAUGGUUCUCGCUUCCAAUCCAAGUUGCAAAAAUUUCCGCACUCUCCUCUUCGACCCAGACCUCCCUCUUCGUCCAUGUCUACUAGCUCUACUGUGCACCAAACAUCCCCCAAGCAUUUAGAGAACUCUCAAGGUCUUUCCUUUGGUCCUUCGUUUCUUGAUAACUCUUUUCAUCAAUCUACUCCAACAAAAGGCUCCUCUUUGAAUUUUUCUCCAGAACCCGAAUCGCCUCUGUAAGCUCUAUUUCCAUGAUCAUUCGUUACUUCAACUCCUGCCAUGAGCGAAUCGAUAAAUGAUAAGGUACCUUUUUCCAUUCCCACGGUUUUCAGUUAAUUUACUUGCAUGAUUUUCCAAGGUUGCUAUCUGUGUCCUCCUUACGACUUUUCUGGACUGUACUGUCCACACGUUGUCUUUCUUUUUUUUUUUUUCCUUCCCUUCUUCGAAGCCGAUUUCAUCUACUGUUUAUAAAUGAAACAUAUAAUAAUAAUAUUCUUUUUGGUCGUAAGGAAUCCUUUUGCUAGAUGUCUA